AGCCAGUUCGACUCCGCGCCUUUCGUGGAGAAGCGCACGGUGGUGCGCCACAGCGGCCGCCACUAACGCAAAGUCCAAGUCCGCCGGUCCUCCACUCUCAUGUCGGCGUGCUGGGCAUACAAACGGGCCAGCCAGCCAGCAGAGCAGGACCCCGAUAACGCGCACGGCGCCAUGCUCGCCCCUGUCGUUCUUACUGUGGGCGAUCGAGCGGUAUCUAUGGGCCCAGGGCGCACCGACUUUCGUCCUAUCUAUAUGUAUGGCUCUCGGGACCUCGCAUCACGCGAAGCAGGGCCCCCACCCGGCGGCCAUCCUGCCCCUCGCGUUUCUUGCAUUCUCAGACGUCGACGUGUCGCAGGGAACACAGCACGUCGACACAGGAGAACGAGUAGACCCCUGCGGGACUCGCAUGCGCGCGGUCACAUCCGUAUUGUGACCGCCCGCGUCUGGCCCGCCGGCGGUCACGAUCGCAUUGUGACCGCGACGCUGCCCCCGAAGCGCCCAGAGGGUGGCCCGGGAGGUUCAACCGCGCCGCCUGUCUCCCUCCCCGCUCGUUCGCCCCUAGACUAGACUAUCGCCGUCUGUAAUUCUGUUCGACUUAUUCUACGCUUGUUUAUUUUAUUCUAUGCCGGUUUGCCCGUA